GGGAUUUCCUCUCCUCCCCAACAUCAUCUACUCCUCCCAGGGAUGUAUCGGCGUGUGGUGCACCUGUUCUGUACAAUAUUUGAUACAUUAGACAGCAGAAAUGCUCUGUUUUAAUCACUGCCAUUGAUUACCGUGCUUAAAGGCUCAAACGACCUGUCGGUUUGGUUGAAGGAGACCUCGAUUCGGGUUGGCUGUGAGGAUGUGUUGAAUUUCUGUGUCGGGGUGCAGCAGUGAGACAGCAUCUUUGCCGGGUGACACAUCAUUAUCAGUACAAGUGGACAAGGUACGAGUGGAAGUUAACAGCACGUUAUGUGAUUCUCUCUGCUAAAAUAUGAACAUUUGGUGGUCAAAUUUUGCUGUUGCAGUCGUUGAAAGGCCCUUUGACGUUCACACUAACGCGUUAAAUCUGUGAUUAGCUAGCUAUGAUUGCCUUUUGCCCUGCUAACGUCUGGCUGUUGAACGAACACAAACUGUAUUAUUUUUCUGUUUAAACCUCGUUAUUUGUGUUUUCUAUUGUGCUUGCAUUGUGUAUUUGUUAGUUCCUUUGUGUCCUCUUGUUUACUAUAUAACAACCUACAUUGUUAGACAGACGUUUUUGAACCUCCAGGGUCAAGUGACAUCUUUUCAUGCGCCUUGUCUCAGAUAUGACUGUGGCCUCAUGCUCCACAAAUAACUCCUCUGUAUGCAGACUGCUAUAAAUAGAUAGCCUAUCUGCAUUGUUAGUUAGCCUAAUUCAAGAUUCAACUAUUAAGCUGCUCUUGUUGUGUCUUUUCUACUAUCUUUAUAAAGUAGUAAAGCUGGGAUUUUAAACCUGAGCAGGGAUUUUCAGAUGUUAAGCUUUAACUGUACAGAAAUGAAAUUAGAGGUUUUUAAUGGACACUAGACUCUAAGGUUUGAUGAGAAGAUUCAGGGGGAUUGACUAGUGCGUAGUUAUAGUGAGAGAAGGUACAUGUGUCACAAAAGUAUAGAGAACUGUUUUAGCUCGGUAUUGACAGCAGUAAACAUAGACUAAAUAAUCGUGAUCCUUCGAGGUCAUCGAUUUUUAGGAGUGUAACUGCCACACCCUUUAGGGUUUUUUAAGGCACCACCAGUGUAUGAUGUUACAGUGAAAUCAGCGCAGAUUGUCACACUGUCAUACGUACCGCAUUCCUACUGAAACCUCUUCCCUGAAGCCCCCCUAGGACACCAUGUCAGACAAAAGCGACCUAAAAGCGGAGCUGGAGCGCAAGAAGCAGCGCCUCGCCCAAAUCAGGGAGGAAAAAAAGAGGAAGGAGGAGGAGAGGAAGAAGAAAGAGGUAAGGAAGAAAGUGAGUAAACGUCCACAACAUGGCACCCAUACUGUUUUGCACUCUGGUGUGUUUUGUUUGUGUGUUCAGUUGCUUUUUGUCAGGCUGUGACACAUAAGAAGGCUGAGGUUGUGUGUGUCCACAUGUGAAUACAGUCAUCUUUUUGUGUCCUGAAGGUUUGUGUUGGAAUUUGGAUCAAAAUGUGCAUGUUUGUCUGUGUGUUUGAACUUGUUUUUUAACUCAUUAUGCAUGUAAACCAACAUUCUUGUCUGCAUCCUGAGCAGUCAGAGAGCCAGCAGAAGAGGGAGAUGACUCCUGAGGAUUCAGACUUAGAUCGUAAGCGCAGGGAGACUGAGGCCCUGCUGCAGAGUAUUGGCAUCUCACCUGAACCACCACUAGGUACACAUUACUCAUCCUCUAUGCAAAAAUCCUGUUUGCUUUGUUCUCCUGUAGUUGUGUUGGUAAAGGUUAAGCCAUUCACUGCCAAACCUCUGCUAAAACUGACCUAGAUUGUUCUCAAUUUGCAUAAAACAUGAUUCAGUGUGGGCAGAAACUCUUCAAUGGUUAGAUAAUACUGUUCACUAACAGGGGAUAGAGCAUGUACAAAAAAAUACCUACUGUGAAGCUCAUUUAACAAUUUAACAAAAUAAACAUUUUUUUUUAUAAUGUCCUGAUGGUAACUGUAGCUAUUUCAUAACCGUUUUUUAGAGAUCAGCUGAGACUGACUCAUCUUUGUGUUUAAACUGAACCAACUUUUGUUCUGGCUUCACCAAUUUGUACUAUCUUUCCCUAUUGUUCUGUGUACCUUGAAUGCAUCAUUUCUAUUUAUUAGACAUACUUUUUAUGCUCCUGAAAUUCAAUUCAAGCACCAACUCACUUGGUUUUUGGAUGGCCUGCCAAAAAAUACUGCCUUGUUAGUCCUGCACAUGUCUGGGAGUUGUAUCCCUCGGGUGUCUGCCUCUUUUCCCCAGCUGUUGGAAGCACUGUUCUCUAGUGGUCUGACACUGCAACAACACUAUCAACACCUCUAAAUUGGGUCACUAUCACGCUGUUAAAACCCACCGAGGAAACUUCAAAUAAAGCUUGAAUUCUUUUGAAACCCUCCCAGUAUUUUUAGAUGUUGUUUUUUUUUUAAUUUGUAGAGUCACUUAUUCUACUCUGUUGCUUUCCUCUCCAGUCCCAUUCUCUGCAGCCUCUAAUGAUCUAUGUUAAUUCUAUUGCUUAGUGCCGACUCCUGUGUCCCCCUCCAAAUCAGUGAGUACGCCCAGUGAGACGGGAAGCCAGGAUUCAGCUGAUGGAGGAGCAGCGAGCAGGUAAACACCCCAAAUCCCCUAAAUUACGAUAAAGUCACGCAAAAAUAGGGAUGCAUUUGGAUUUUUGCUGAUAUCUGAUUGGCUGAUAUUUUUAAACUCAUUUUGGCUGAAAAAGAUAUUGAUACACAUAAUUUUUAAGAUUGACCUGUUACUCUUACUAUGACAUAUACACACUAUAUUUCAUCAUCUUUAUUUCUGCCAAUAUUUAAACUGUGCUUGUUCAGAUAUGAACUUUAAUGAAAAAAUACCUUAGUAAUCUUUCACCCCUUGUGUUUAAAAUAAUAAAAAAAAUGCCAGGUGUUGAUGUAAAUCAAAUAUAACUCCAGCUGAAGUUGCUUUGGAUACUUUUGAUGUAUAUUCUGUCUCUUCUUCUAUCAAUGGCACAACAGGUUUAGGUAAGGAUCAGUGUCACUAAUGGUGAGGCCGUGGUGCCCUGUUAGGUUUUGUAUGUCAUACAUGUCAGUUGUCAUGUCAUACUGUAUUACUGUGUCUUGAUGACCACUGUGUAUCUCUAACAACUAGUCCUGAGAGGCAGAGCUGGAGGUGAGUCUCAGCUUUAGUGCUAAAAUGUUGACUUGGAGAUAAAGACGAGAGCGUUUGAUAAGCUUUACAAAGCAGUCUUAGAGACAGUAAACAGACUAAGUUAUUCACUUUGAGCCAAAUGAGAAGAAACUAAUUCACCUGCUGUCAAGACAACUAGCUGAUUUAAACACAAGUGACAAAAUGUAAGCUUUUCCCCACUCUGUACUCAUAUUUACAGUGCUUACCAGCUCAUGUGCCAUGCAUGCUCCUGCCAUUUAAAACACUUCUGCAUAUGGCUGCUACGGUGAAUUCAAGCCACAGUUAGGAGAAGAGUGGUCAUCAAUCGCUUUCCAUUUGCUUUCUAUUGGCAGCUGACUGUAGAGGUGGAGUGUGGGUGAUGUCCUCAGGGAUCAUCAGUGAUGUCUUGUUCUGGUAUGGCUCAGGGUGGACUCGGGGAUGAGGGUUGUGCGUUAGUUGAGUUCCCAGCACACCUUAACACUCCCUAGAUUAGACUUUCAGCUCCUUUAUAGCUUUUAAAAAUCACAAAUUGUUAAGUUGUGUCGCAUACCUGGAUUGACCUUCUUAUUACCCGCCCUAAAUCCACCCUGGAUCAUAGCAUGCCAAUCAGAGCUUCUUCCAUCUGUGGCUGUGUAUGUGUGUGUCCCUUCUUAGGUCAGGUUUCUCUAAAAACAAGUCCCAAGUACAGACCUCAAGGUAAGCAUUUUCCUGUCAAACCCAGGACCCUCCUCACCCCUUCCCUCCCUUCUUGAGCCGAGUUUACUCAGAGAGGCACCCACAGUGUUGUCAGCGGUCUUAGCAAUGUGUUACCAUCACGAUUCGAAAGAUCAAAACAGCUCGGUGCUCCCCCCUCGUCUUUCUUUCUUUCCUCUGCUCUCCUGUGGUGACUUCCCCGUCUUAUGCCCCACUGUCUCCCUUUAACACCACCUCGAAAGAUUUCUGCUCGCAUGAGUUGAGCCACAGAAGUCAUUUCAGCCUUCACAGAGUUGACAAUCUGCUGCUUAAAGUGUCACCGCUGUUACUGUAAAACAGCCGCUCUGUCAGGCUAAAGAAAUGCCUUGCCACUCUCACCUGGCGCUGCGUGGCACAAACUGAAGCUUUAAUGGGCGUGCUCACUGGCCCUAAAAGGUAUCAUCAGAAAGUAUAGCGGCGCUGGAAGCGUUAUACUUUCACAGCUGGUCGAUUUUUAACCAGGUUGCCUUAAAACUAGUUUUCAGACACUGAUUUGUUUUGCGGUAAGCUGUUCCCCUCUUGGUAUAAGCUGAGGAAGCACACUAAUGCACCGAGGUUUGUCCAGCUCAUUAAUCAUACAUGGCAAGUGCAUUGUCAUGUAUGUCCAGCUAAAUCUCUACGAGUCACUUUUGAUUUGAUUUUUAUAUGCUGUCAACAUGUGAGUGUGUGCUGCGCGUCAUUACUCAUGUUUCUGUGUAACGUUGGCUUCAUGUUUGCAUAUGAAACAUCAAAACAAAGAGUCACACAACUCCAAUUAAGGGUGCAUGAGAAUGGAGGGGCCAGUCUGUGUAAACGUGCUCAACUUUUGGUGCGUUUUAAGAUUAAAACAUCUGAUAAAGGAUUUCUGCAAGAGUCACCGGGUCUAAUAGUUCUCCCACUGAAAACAAUCAUUUCGACCCUCCUAUUCGCAACAAUGGAAUGUUUCAUGUCCAUAAAUGUUAAAGGUAUUUUUGAACUUGUAGAUUUCUGGCACACGACCAAGAAAACUAUUUAAAGAGAUGAGCAGAGAUCUUUAAAUAAAUUAUGUACACUAAAGUAUAAUGAAAUAUAAUGUCUCCCUAAUGUAUAGCCCUCCCACGCUUUGUCCACUUAUCCAGACAUUUUUCCAUUAACUGUGCCCCGCGCCAAAUUUGAUGGGAAUUUCCUUGUUAAGCAGAUCCGGAGAUAAGUGGGGUUGGGGGUUUGGGAGUGUGCGCAUACAUGCUUUAAUGUGUGUCUGAUACAUGCGUGCAAGUGUUUGUUAUGAUGUGUCUGCUGGUAAACUUGCAUGUUCUCUCUUGCUCCCCCUGUUGGUGACAUCAGGACGCUGCAGUGGGACACAGAUCCCUCUGUGCUGCAGCUGCAGGCUGAUUCUGAGCUCGGGUACAUCUGUCUUCUCUCCUCCACAAAUCAAACUCCUAGCUACCUUAUUUGGCAUGCAUGUCACUUUACAUUAAAGUCUUGUUUAAAGUUCACAUAAAGGGUAAACUAAUCUAGUGGCUGCUGAUAUAAAUGUGCAGAAAAUGUUGCUAGAGAUACUUGCUAUCCAUGAACACACUAUAAAAAAAGACAUGUGUUGUGCUGUAUAGUGCAGUCUGGGUUUAAAGGAACACAAAAUUGUCAUUAAGAACAUAUUUCCUCUGUCAUGCAGGCGCAGGAUGCAGAGACUGGGCGCCUCAAAGAUCACACAGGUGGACUUCCUUCCCAAAGAGGUGGUCUCUUACUGUAAAGAGACACAGACACCACUCACCGCCCACCUGUCUGAAGGUGAGUGUUUGUGUAGGCUUCCUGACAGUCCUCAUAAUCCAACGUCUAUGAUUGAGGCUCUUAUUCAGGGUCUUUAGGGCAGCAAAGGUCGCCAGAGGGAACAGAAGGUUUCAAGUUGCGAUGAUUGUUCUUGUUGUGCGGUUGAAUUUGAUACUCUUAUGGUUAGCCAGAACACAGCCUGCAAACCUGGAGUGAUAUAAAGUCUGACAGAUGAAAGGUACCAAACAUGAUUCCUUAUGGAUGUUGCAACAUCACAACGGGGAUCUACCCAGCACAGGGCAGGGAAACAUAUAUAUUUGUGUAUGUAUUUUUUCAUUCUUGGUUAUUAUCUGGGGCUUUUAUUUCAGUUUCCCACCUUUAGGGAAAGUACUUGUAAAAAGAAAAAUCUGCUUUAGUUAGGGCCCAACACCAUAACAGAACGAGGGUCGUAGUGGUAAAGAUUAUGUUUUUCUUUUCUUUCGUCACUCUCUCUGCUAAAACGAGCCCAAAUUUCAGGGCCUUAGCUUAGUCUGCAACUCAGUAAACUCAAAAUAUUUGAUAUUUUACGUUUUCGAGUUUUUAAUGAACUUAGUGGCAGGAGUUUGUCUGAUCGACCCCCGUGUCAGACAGUGUCUGUGUGAGGCAGACACGUUAAAGAAAUGCUGUUUAAGGAUUUUGGUCAGUCAGACGGUGUGGCCGUGCAAGUUCAUUGACCUUUGAUGAAAACAGGAAGUCACUGUAACCCCUGUGUUCAUUCUGUUUGAUAUUUCAUAUCAAAGUCCACCCCUGAAUACAACUGUGCACCAUUUUUCCAUCAGUCAUAGCGCCACCUUGUGGAAAUACAUGGGAUUAACCUAAAGAUGCAUUGUCCAAUUUGCUCCAAAUUUCCCAAAAUUGAUGGUAGCCCCACCCUGAACUCAUCUACAAAGUUUUGUCACAAUUAUUAUGCCACCUAGUGUAAUCAAGUAGUAUUACAGCCAUAAUCAAAUGAAAAUGAACUUUCGCUUAUCAACUAAUGCACUUUAUUGAACGUUCCUACAGAGGAAAACUUUAUCCAAGUCGUAGCCUUUACCCUCUGGUGAAACCCACAUAUAAGCUGUUAGUCUUGUUCCGUGAACAUCAAGAUGCGUAUUAAGUUCAUGCUGAGAGGACUGACCCUGGUGCACAGUUGCAGCUGCUGUGCAACCAACGGCAUUUCCUCGCCUCACCUCACCUCACGCCUCAACGUGCUCAAAGAUGUGAAGGCCAGUUUGUUGCCGCUUGCAGCUUUAAUUCUGUCGUGCUUUAGCCUGGGAAGGUUUCACAGGAAAAAAUGUGUGUCCCUGACUGUGCAUGUGCAUGUGUAUGCAUGUGAGGUUAUAUGUGCAUACAUGUGUCUCUACAAGUGGGCGUGCACAUGUGUACUGAGCAGCAGUUGUUAAACACAUCCAUAUGUUGGAAACUGGAGUAAGCUUGCGCUAGAUCUGGCUUAGGACUAGUGUUUGUGCGUCUGAAGACUAUAUGGUUGAUUAUUUUUCUGUCUGAAGAGAAAGAAGAUGGAGGUCUGAAUUGUUGACAGUUGCAAAUACUUUCCUUAAUUAUACUUAAAGCCUUUGACCUCAAUGUGCAAGAAAAUAUACCAUGCAAAAAUGUCAUCUUCACAUGUAGGAAUGGAUGGACUUAUGAAUAGUGCUCCACCUACGUGUUUUCCAUCCCAUCUGACAAGUCCAACAUGUGUACAUAGAUAAACGCACACACAUAUACACUGUACAUAUAUACACAUGCUCCCCAUCAUCCCUUCCAUCUUCCCCUGUUUAGCUGCCAAGACAGCUGGCAGCCAUGUGACUGCGAAGGGGUUGUACUUCCUGCUUCCUGUCAUUAUAAUAGAUGGUCUGGUGUGGAUUCCUCUGCCCUCCUCCGCCAGCAACCACCACCGCACACAUACACACACGUCUGUCUUGAUCAGCAUCCAAACGGUCCGCCUCAUCCACCCACCCCACCCCUCCCGUCCCCCAUUUCCUUGACAGACCCAGAAAUAGAUCAUUUAUUCAACAAGUGCACAGGCAGUAACUCACAUAUGUGCGCUAAAGGACAUACAGACACAUGUGCACACAUAAACCGAGAAAAAACCAUGAAAACACAAACAAAAAACAGAGCUGUUGGAAACUGUACAAGGCAAACAGGUGAAUACGUUUCCCGACUAAACAUCCGAGCAAAGUAAUGUGCAGUAGCUACAACAUUCACACACAAAAUUGCAGCCUGUUUGCUGGUUAAUUUAAGUUUAUUUGUUUCAGCUUUCAAAAGCCUUUUCCUUCUUCCCAUGUGUGUCUAUGUCGUAUGUGUAUGCGUGUUUGUGUGUGUAUGUAUGGGUAAGAGAGAACAUCUGGGAGCCAGAGCAGAGCUGUGGUGGUCUGCGGGGAGCUGACCUUGGCCUCAGGAGACCCUUCCUUUGCAGGCUACCACAAAGGUUGUGUGUUUGGGGAAAGAGAAAAAGGGCCUGAUGGUAGCACCUGCCCGCACUGCCGGCUGUAUGUUUGUUCAGGCCAGUUCCUUUUGUUGAUUACUGAGACUUAACAUGCACACAGCAUGCAGAUCACUUUCAGGUUGCAAGAACAGGUUGUGUGCAUGAUUCCCAAGGCCUUAAAGGGAUAUUCCGGCGUAAAAUUAAAUUAGGGUCAAACACAUGGUAACACCGAGUUAGACACCCCCCUGAGAGAUGAAUGUUGCCGACUGCUUGCUUCUCUAGUUAUAACAACUUUAGUAACGACCGCACAAUAGCAAUACACAGAGGUCUACGGAUCCACGUGCAACCCUUAACCAAAAUGCCACUCUAUAGCCACAAAUAAUGCUCAGAACAGCACCUAACUUCAUCAACAGUACAUAUAGGCUCCCAGCCAUAGUACUAGCCACCAAACAUCUUUUCAGCUUUGCCUGGUUUCUUUAGUAAAGAGACUAAAUACAACUCACCCACUCUCCUCCAGCAGCCACUUGUUUGUGGGGGAGCCCUGAUGAGUCGAUCACCGAGUGCAGUGGAGUUUGGCAGCUCAAGGAAGAACAUUUAUGAUCAUUUCUUCAUGGAAAUUCAAACAGACCGAGACGCUAAGGCAGAAGAACUACGGUGUCUGCAGUGCAAAAUGAUUAUUAUGAUGAUUAUUACCUUAAGGAAAUGAUCCACUACACUCGGUGAUUGACUCAUUCUUUUCAGGGGUUUUGCUUAUGCUCCUCUUGCCUUAGCUUGGGUAUCCACAGUAGCGGGUGAAAUAGUUAGAACAGAUACCAGCAGAAAAUAUAACUAUAUUAUAUAAAAGUGAUUCAUUCUUUUGAUGAAAGUCAUCCUGAUUUAUAAAUUGAACUGUUGACAUUGAUAUCAAAGCACUGUUGUCUGUUAACAGUGUCUGUGUCAGCCAGCACUGAUGUACAGCCAUGUUUGAAAAGAAAGAAUUUCCUUUUCAUCUUGACCUUGUUUGAAAUUUCCCUGUCUUAGUCUUGCUGACAGAUCCUUAGUCUACAUUGAAUCAAUAAAUUAAGACCCUUACAAGGCUAAAUGCAGUCACGCUUAAUGUUGUCAUCAUUACUGUCUUUUCCAUUUUGAUUCUGUCUUUUCUCUAUCUCUUCAUUCAUUGUCUGUCUUAACUGCACAUGUUUCUGCCCUGAGGUCAGUCACCUCUGUAGAGAGUCACUAAUCCUACGUUUGCGAUAGACUUAAAUAUACAUUAACACAAAGUAGGAAGAAAGACUGACAUUUAGAGGGUGAGUGAAUCUGUCUGCUCUGGAGGAAUAAGUGAAUCUGUUGUCUUAAUAAUGGUGGUGGGUCUGUAGGCCAUAUAAAGCACUGGGAAGAGACCCGUAGCUUUUGUAUUUUUACACACAUUUUAUUUUAUUAUAGUAUGAGUGUGUAUGAAAAUGAUAUUAGUUUGUUGUGUUUCAGUAUAUUUUGAGAUGAUCCAAAGCCUGUCUCAGUUUUUCCACCGGCUCAAGCUUGAGCCUCGUGAACCUUGAACUCAGUCCGUCAAAUAAAGAAGAUAAAUUCCCAGAGUUUUAGCUUUCUGUGUGCUUUCAAUUAUGAAGACAUUUUGUGGUCAUGUGCGAUUAACUGAUUUCCUUUUAAUUACUGAUAUAAUGUGUAUAACCCGAUUUCUUUGUUGUCUUUAUCAAAUGCUGUCAUUCUCAAAUGCGUGUGGUCAGAGGAGAAGUAUUUUCUCAUAGUAAUGACUUUAUUUCAAUGUUGGAUGAUUCAGGACUUCUGUCACGGCGUCUUGUCCUCAUGAACUUCUGACCUCUCAUCUUCUUGUGAACGCCUUCAUGCUGGAGUGGCUGGUUUCAUACGUGUGACGUCAGUGUACUUGAUAGGAGCGCAUGUUAGGGACAGAGCUUGAUCAAAUUGGAUUUGAUCCCACUUUGUGUGUGUUCAUUUUCAACACAAGAGUUUGUGUUUUAAAACUCCCAUGGAGUUUGUGUGUGAUUGUGUGUGACUCUCAUUUAAACCAGUUAAUGAUAUGGCUUUUCAUUUCCGUAACCAAUUGCCCUUCCCCAAUGGUGAUGUGUAGCUGUCUAUGUGUGUCCCUCUUCCCAUUGGCUGCUCACUGAUCCGUCUGUCCCGAGUGUCCAUUGUGUCAGGCAAUCGGAUUAGCCCCAGUCACGGUUGGCUCCAGCUAUUUACUGCUAUCUCAAUGAGUAUGAAUGGACAUACUUGUUGUAAGGAUGCAUGCUUUGUCUGAUGACAUAGCAGUGAAAUAAAGUAGGGUCUAAUGGGAUGUGUGAUAGUAACCUAAGCCACUGAGGUCAAACUGAGUGUGUGUAAAGUCGUAGUGUUUUGUGCCUCUGCGUCGUGCCUAACAGCUUCGUAAGAGACGAGUUACACUGAAGUCAAUUCAGAAAUAGGUUUAUUUUCCCAAAAAAGAAUUUAGUAUUUAAAAAAAUAAUGAAAUUCCCUCUGAUAUUUACAUUUUGAGAGAAAGUCUCACAGGAACUUGACCCUAGUAUGACGGAGAAAAAACAAAUGGAUCCUGUUUUUUUUCUGUUAAAUCUCCCAAAUGAAUCUCCCAAAAACAUGUCCAGCAAAGACCAUUGCACAAGCUUCUUGUCUUAGGAAGGAGGCCCAGACCUCUAACAGUUAACCAGUGGUAUGGAUGGAUCUUUAAAGUAUUACAGAUAGAGCGCUUGAGAAGACUUUUGACAAGUUGUGGGUGCCUUUUCUAAACCACCUUCCGCACGGAGCAGCAGACCUGGUACACAGAGGGCGUUGUGGUGUGAACUGGUGUCCCUCCUGGACUUUUGUAAAUCCCCUCCCCUGUCACUCUCAACAUUGCCCUGACCAUGCAGUCUCUCAUCUAUGUACCUAAGCUGACUCAUUUUGAAAAGUUAAUUUACAGCCCCAUCAUGUAGUGCUGCAUUGUGUAUGUAUACAGCUCUAUCGUUUCUCUGUUGCUGUUGAUUUAAUUACUUUUGUUCGUUUAUUCUUCUCAUGAGGUCUGUGCAGCUCAUAACAUUUGGGCUGUCAUGUGUCUCUUCUUUUUUCUUCUGCGUAUUUGUAUUCUGAAAAUUCAAUUAAAUGUUGUUUAAAAAAAAUAAAGAAAACUAUUAUUCAGAAAAUUUGCACAUACAUAUACAUACAUAGAAGAGUCACUGGUUCACACCAUGUAUGGGGGUCAUGCCUCAUGCUGCCCCCUAGUUUUACUGCUCCUUUCCUGCAUUUCACUCCCCACCCUUUCUGCCUGUUUCCCUGCACUGUCCACUGUGCUACCCUCUACAAUAAAAGCACAAAAAGAAAUACAUAUAGUUUACCGCUUGAAUUCAUUUAAACCAUUUUUAAAGCCCAAACAUGUUGGCUUAUACACUUGAGGUUGAAUAGUUUGCUUCAUGAGCUCUUUGCUUCAUGCAGUUCCUUCUCAAACUGUUAGUUUUGACAUACAUGUUGGUAUAAAUUUAUCUUUGACAUGUACAGUUCUUCAGUGUACACAUGUAUUAUUUUGCUUUGUUGUUUUUUGUACCUCUUUUUCUGUUCUUAAAGUUUGAGAUAUAUAAAAGAAAGAAAGAAAGAAAGAUCAUUUGCACCAUCAGGAUGUUAUAGGGACUUUCUCAGAAAAUGUACAGCUGUAAAUGUUUCUUUUCCUGCACCCUGAUCACUUUCAUGCACCAGUAUUUGCCUCUGGGAUGCUACUUUAUCGACCAUAGAUGGUUUAAAAAAGGAAGAAUGUGUUUAAAACCUGCAUGUCAUGGAUGGGUUAAAUGAAAACUUUUCUUCCCCCCAAUCACAUGAGUAGGUGUGGAGGUGUGUGUCUCUAAGAAGUUGGACUAAAGGCAUCUUGUGCACGUGGUCGUUUUCUGGUUGGCAUGGCUGUGUUGUGAGUUUGAACUCAGUUUGAAGUGAAAUAGUUUCCCUUGGUGAAGACUUGAAAGCUCCACAGUUUGCCACAGUGGAAAGGUAACUGAAGAAAAACAACUGAAAAUGAAAGGAUAAGAGGAUAAGAAUUAAUUUAAAAGUUAAGGCAAAAGCUUUGGUCAGAAUACGCAGUAGAAUAGAGGAGAAGCAGUCAACAGUGUUACAUUAGAUUUGAUAUUGCAGCAGUAAUUGUUCCUGGUGAACCACAAUUCCUCCAGCCUUUAGUUAUACAACUUCAUGUGUUUGUAUACAGUUUAAUGUUGCAACUUUGAAAAGAAAACUGCUUUGGGAAUUAAACGAUCAUGGGGUCAACUGUAUGUAUUAACGAUUGAGCAUCUGUGUGCACGAGUAUUACAUGUGCGUCUCUCUCUCUCUCUCUCCCUCCUCUAGUAUUUUCUGGCCCAUUAGUUUUCAAGAUCUGUACAACUUGAGUAUGGUCAGUAAUUCGCUCCUUAAGUAUAUGUACAGCAACAAGUGGCUUUCUUUUGACAUGUGGUGGACUGGUAAUGGCCUGUAAUUGCACAAGAAAACCAGCUUCCAAGUGCUAAUCGGAAAGGCACACAUUUUUGAGAGCAUACUUACACACACGCGCUCCAAUUUGUACAUGUAAACAUACAAACGCAGACUGACAUACAUGGGAAUAAUAAACACGCAUGCUCUCUCGCACACUCUAACAAAGGGACCACACACAAAUUCCCAUAAUUCACCUGAGCUUGCUACAUAAUCCCAUAAUGGGGCAGUUAAGUGACCAAACUGCAAAUUUAUAAAAUGGGCCCGAUUGUUGAGAGCGUAUUGGUGUAUGUAGACAGCUAACUUCUUCACAAACUCAAAGCUAGCGUUCACCAUGACAAGACCAGGUAGAUACUGAUCAACAAUUGUGUAAAACAAAAAAAAACAAAAAAGGAAACUCCAAAAGUACCAGUACCAGUAUGCUGUUAUCACAUAAAGGGGUGUCCUGUUACAACUUUUCUACUUUCAAUACGAUACCAAUAUUGUAGCCGUUAGCACUGGCCAAUACUGAUAUUUAUCCCAUAUUAGCACAAACUUGUGAAAAAUACUGCCACACAGCCGACAUCACUCCUACUCCUUGCUAUUUUGUUAGUAUCUUAGUACACACUGUUGUUGUUAUCACGUGGGCUCUGCAUGCUGGAUCAGGGCGCUGCUAGAUAGAGGUGCAGGAGUGGAGUCUGGAAUAGACUGCUUGUAUUUGAGUGCUGUUAUCGGAGAUUUUAGAUGCAGGCCGAUCUAAUCCGAUAUUCGUUUUUUUGCUGAUAUCGGACCGAUAUCCAAUAUCAGAAUCACAUCCGAACACCCCUUAUCAUGUAUCACAGUGAACUGAUGACAAAGCUCGGGAUUUGUAGAAGUGAGUUGAAAACCUGUGAGAGUAGUGAGUCACGAUCCAGCUGUGAUUGUUAAAGUCAACAAUACAGUAAGUAAGGUUAGAUAAUGAGUUAUGUGAACAGCUCACUGACCAUGUUUUCUUUCUGUCAGGUUAAUAAGUGCAAUCAUCAGAAGGGAAAGUACUGCUGUGCUUUACAGUGGGCUGAGGCUCAAACCAAAAGCUCACAACUCCUGAGAUUGAGGUCCUUUGAGUUCCCUCAGUCAGUUCAUCAUGUGUCUGUCUCUGGCAGCGCCUACAAUCCAGUAAAGAAACGAUGCAUUCAAAUAAAAACAGUGACUGUAACACACUCCCAGUUUAUAAGAAAGCCGAGAUGACUGAGGGGUUUUGCGGGCGGUUUUCAAGGUCUUGGAAGUAGGAAUGUGGUUGCAUGGGUGUGUGUUUUGCACGUUUUCGUUCUUAUAUGUCUCUCUCUCUCUCUCUAUGUGCCGGUGUAUGUGCGCAUAUACUGUAAAUGUGUGUGCAGCCACAUAUGGAAGUGCUUGUCUCAAACAAUGUUGUUGUUUCAGCCAGGCGGCUACAACAGACUGAACAGACCAAGAGGGUAUGUGAGUGUGUGUGUGUGUGUGUGUGGGUGUGUGUGUGUGUGUCCUCCAAAGGCCAAAUUCAAGGCAAAUAGAGAAUUACUGGAGAGAGUGUACCCAGAGGACUCUGAACACAAUGUACUGUUGUUUGUCUUUUUUUAUGUUGAUGACUGUACAGACUGUGGCUGAAAGGGUUCCUUGAAUAAAUCAUGAGCCUUUAUUAAAAUCUUUACAGCUCACUUUAUUUUGAUGAGCACCGUAACAACCAUCAGACAUAAGGUCUGUACAGCCUCACAUAUCUAACCUACUUUUGCCAGCAGUACAACACUAGAACAAUAGAAUUAAAUUAAGCUACCUUUAGAAAUGAAUAAAUUUUGUGAUUCACAUUGAAACCAUGAAGCAAAGUGUCAGUGCUAAUCCAUGAGCGAGAGUGGGAGAGCACUCUGUUUUUGAUUAGUUGUUGUAAUAUUUCUAUAUGCUGAAUAAAAUCCCAUGUAUGGUGGAGGAAAGAUGUAUGUUUUUGUUGUUUCAGCGUUCAUUUCCUUAUAAAGCCAGCACACUUAACGAUCCUCCGAUCCCUCCUAUCACUCUUAAUGGUUUAAAUUUCUCUAGAUCUUAUCCUGGUUAAUCCUCGAGAGGCUAAAAUGCCAGUUUGCCUAUUCACUCAUGCAUACUGAGCUCUGGCCAUUGCUCUGUCUCUCGCCAGUGCAAGAGUCACCUUUUUUCUGUCUUUCUUGGAUGGAAAUCAAAGUUUGACUAUGUUUUCCUUCAUCCUGAAAAUAAACAGAGCUAUUUGUGUUUUCUUGCAGUUUUUGUUGAGGUUGUUAGCAUUUCCCCUUUCUGUUUUCACUAUUUACUUUGAAAAUGAUCAUUUAAGUGCUUUAAAGACACAACAGUCCUGUAUAUGAUUUUGGAAUAUAAACAUAUGUUGAGAAAAUGUGCACUGGCAAAUUUAACGUCAACAUAGAUUUAUACAGGCUGAGUCAUGAGACCAGGUAAGAUCAUCCUUUAGUAUUCCCACAACAGGCAAAUUCAAAUUAAAGGUAGAAGUAGCAGUAAGAGCAAAAUACAUUUACUGAAAAUAUUACAUAUGUAUUUAAUGAAAUAAUAUAUAUGAGUGCACAGCAUUCACCCCUAUAUUCGCAUAUUUAGACUCCUCCUUUAGACUAGUCUCAGGUUUAUCUGUUGCACAUCUUGCUUCGUACUUUUCUCCUUUCAUAAAACAAAUUUUAAGUUUUUCUCUCAUUGCUGCUGCCUUCAAAAGACCUCAGCCCUCACUCCUGUUCUCCGAAAUUUGAUGCAGGGUCCCAAGUGGUUUCAACCAAAAUGGCUGUGACAGUCAAAUCUUUCAAAAACUCUUGAUAUCAGAGGAAAAUAAUGUCUUUCGCAGAGCGUAGGUAUCCCAGAAAAGUCACAGAUGAUUGCAAUUUUCCCCAUGACCACUGUAUAAUAAGGUACAUGAACCCCUUCUUUAUCUGCCUCCCUCCUGCUUUCUCUCUCUCUCUCCUUCUUUUGCAAAACAGCUGUCAUCUAAAAUAAUAUUUGCCAUUUGACGAGUGCUGCAGAUGGGCAGGAUUACAGUUUCAUGUGUCCCUCUUUCUCUUUUCAGCUUUUUUCUGCGUUCUCCUUUUUCACUCCAGUUAGUUGAACUUGACUUCUUGACACACGUGCCCCACCCUUCCCCCUCCUUGUUGAGUUUUUCAACGUGUGUAAAACAACAGUAGGUUCUUCAACGUUUGCCUGGGUGGUCUCACUUGUACUCUGAGAUUACUCUGACUCUCCAGGGAUUUUCAUUUGAGAGGGUAGCGGUUCAUUGCCACAGUUCGCUUGCAGCUCAAAGGCCUGUUUGGCUUUAGUUGUUUCAGUUUGAUGUUUGUUAACCCUUCGUGUUGUGUUGUUUGUGCCUCUGUUAAUUCAUUCACUUGUGGUUCAAACUCUGUCUCUUUUUGACAAACUAAACUUCGCAACACAGGUUGACAAACAUAGGAAAAAUCCCCCCAAUCUUUUAGUUUUCAAAAUGAAACCAGCACAGUUAUUGAUUCUUUGUUCUCUUUUCAAACGGCUCAUCUUUUUUAAUUUCCCUCCAAAGUUUUACCUCAUUAUUGCAGUUUAUUAUUUAAAAGUUGAUUUGAAGUGAAAUAUGGAGCUUUUUGCUGCUGUUGCUGGGUAUUUGCAUGCUAUUCUCUGACUCUCCAGCAGGGAGCACUCUUAGCACACAGACUUUAGCCCUUCUCAAAGUAUUGCCAUCCAAAAGUGCAAAUUUCCAUCAAAUAAGUAUCAGAUUAAAUAAAAUUAUGGCAUGAUGGAAUCAAACCUUUUUCAAUUAAGCUCAAACGUGUGAUAAUUCAAAGCGUAGUUAAGAGGAAAAGCGCUCCAGGCAGUUGCCCUUGUAUGGGGUUGCGUGUUUAUUUGACAGUAUUGCAGAGGUGUUGUGCCCACUUUUGUUUAUUUUAGUUCAAUCUAGAAGGAUUCAACCUCGAACAUCAAUGUUUACUCGGCCAAACAUUGUUUUUCCUCUUUGUCCAAAUCCAUCCAUCCCUCAUUAAAACUUAAAGAAACACCAUCGCCCUCCAAGAGGUAAACACAGACUCCCCUUCUCCAUCUGAGCCACACGCACUCACAAACACACAGAGAUGCACACAGGCCUGUUACUGAGUAACACAGAUCCCUGCUCAGAUGACGCAUUGAAAAGUUAGUGGAUGCCUCAGCAGUGAUUUUAUGUAAGAUGUUUUCUGUCUGUCUGCCUCUCUCUCUCUCUGUCUGUCUCUCUCCCUCUCUCUGUCUGUCUGUCUCUCUCUCUCUUUCUCGCUCUCUGCCUGUCUCUCUGAAUGGCUUUUUGACAGUUUGGAAAGUUUGAAGUCAUGGUUUUUAAUCAGGGCCUUGCGGCUAGGCUUCGAGCAUGGCGUGGCGUGGCAUGAUGGCUCAGUUCAAAGAUGUGGGUCUGGGUCAGGGCCAAGCUUGGGUGGCACUGCUUGAAAGUGAGGGGGGUGGGGGUGGGGGGGUGAGACCAAGAAGGAGAAGAGAAAGAGAUGAGAAGAGAAUUUACACAGGCUGAACCCAAAGCACACAGCAGAGAUGACCUUAGACCUUCAAAGCUUGCCAUGGCUGCAUUAACGAGGGCUGAUUAUGUGUGGGCAUGCAUGUGUGUGCUUACAGUUUGGUGCAGACAUGGACGAACUAAAACUUAAUCUCAUACACACACACAAACGCAGACUCACAAAGUUUGAUAAGAGAGAGGGAUUAAUCCUUCAGGUUGGAGUCUGGUAGUUUAAUUCCAUGUCCUGCUGCUAAACUGCAAGAACAGGGUGAAUCAUUUUACCUCUUAUGUGGCAAUUAUGAACCAACAAUAAAAUAAUAUCAAUUUUAUUUAUGUUGCACUUUUCCAAAACAAGUUAUGAAGAGCUAACAUUUUAAAUCCAGUAAUCUAAAUAACGAAGCAGUUAACAGUUAAAGUUAUGGAAAAAGCAACAAGGUUAAAAAUAAUCCAAAUGGGGCGUCGAUAGCCUUUGCGGUUUAAGUGCCCAAGCUGUCACAUUCAAAUGAAGGUCAAAAUAACUUUGGUUUAGGAAUGUUUCAAAGUAACUAUUUUUUUCCAUCUAGUUGGAAAACUUGAAUUUGACUGACAAAGAGUAGUCUAAAUUAAGAAAACCUCAUCUGUGCUUGUUAAUAUUAAGGUAGUAGUGCAGUAAAGCACUGAGACAAUCACUGUUAACUGGAGCUUUUGCCCCAGCUGGAUGACUGGGCUACAGUUUAGUUUAGACAUGACUUAAUAUGAUCAAAACAUUAUGAGACAUUUUGGACCAACAGUAACAAAGACAUGACUAAUAACUUCUUUAACCUGAAAGUAACCGUAGUGCCCUGCAAGGUUGAUAAUAUGUAAUAGUUUUGUUGUCUGCACUUAACCAGGAACUCCUCACAAUACAGCACACAGUUACAAUCAUAUCAAAGCAGUAUCUACAGUGAUUUUGAUGUCUCGCUCUAGAAACAAAGUUCCUCUAACUGGUAAAAAUUUGUGUUUAUUUGGCAUUAGCAUGACUCAAGACAACAACAUUGACUGUAUUGAUAGUUUGUUCCACUUUUCAUAGUGAAAUAUUAGAUCCUGAUAAUUUAAUGCUAUCUGUCUUUCUACAAAUAUUUUACAUGCUCUCAACAUUUCACCGCCUGAAAUAGACAAAGUUGCAAUCAUGGACUCACACACCGAGUUCACUUUUCUCUACAGUCUGUCCUCUUUGUCUCGAACAUCUACACAUCAGUGGGAUUAUUUCUCCAGCAGGUUGGGCUGCCCUCUCGCCCCUCAGCAAAAGAUCUGUUUGACUUUACUGCACGGCUGGCUCUCACCCAUCAAUUUACUGUCCAGUCUGGCUAACAGAAUCCCUAAAAUGUGCAGCAGUUUUUCUCAGUGUUCAGAGAGAGUUUUUAUCAGUGUGUUAACAAAAAAAAACAGUAAUCUGCCUCGGGAUGCAGAGAGAGUUCACAGAGAUGCCUCUACAUGGGCACAUGGCUUAGGAACAGCACAGUAAUCAGGCUUUUAAUAAGUAAAAGAAAAAGACUCAUGUUUUUAAUCCCAGUUUUGUUACAACUUCUGUGUACUGACAAGAACCAGAGCUGGUUUUUAUUGUUUUUCUUUUACACAAAAUUAUGUCACAUAAAACUUAUCUCAUGAUUCAGGCUUUUGUGUAUCUUUUUGAUAAAUUAGUUCCAAAUAUAAUAACGUCUGCGGCGAGGCGAAUUUGCUGCAGGCAUAUCAUAUCACAUUUUAUGUAUUUUAGGAUUGCUUCAUCCUUAUUUGUAAGAUAUAUCAUUACUCCAGUCAUAUAAAAUCAUUGUGGUUGUAUAAAUCAGUUUUGGUUCUUGGAUAACAAGGAAUAUAUUCCUGGAGGCGGGACGGAUUAAAGUCAGAAAAUUCCCCUGAUGCCUCGAGUCAAUUGUGAUAUAGAGUACGGAGAGUUAAAGUGGUUAUAGAGUGAGUUUGUCAUGUGUUCUAACAACAAGAGUUGUCUCAAUAGAGUUAAUGCAUAUUUGUGUGUGUGUGUGUGUGUGUUUGUGUGUGUGUGUGUGUGUGUCGUGCCAGGGCCACAUUAGAGGACCCUUUCAAGUUACGUCGGCCUCCUCCUACUCCUCUGCACAGUGCUUGUGUUGUGGUCUGCCCAACAGCCAACCCCCCAGAACCCCUGCGAACUCCGUCUGUGUGUGUGUGAUAUGAAUGCGUAUAUAAAGUUGUUGGGUUAUUCCCAGUGCGUGGGAUCCCCUGAUUUCUUUUUUUGCGCCUCUCUCCCUGUUUCCGUUGUCUCCUCACUCAUAUCAGUGUCUCACUUUCAUUGUGAUUAAUACAAUAGAAAUCCCCCCUAAAUUGUGAGCACUGUUAACUGUGAUUGUAUGUGACUCAGUUUGGUAGUCACCUCCAUGCUGCCAUGGUAAAUCUGGAGCUCUAAUGUAGUGGAUGACAAAUGAGGGGUCUAGUCUCACUCUGACACACACACAUACGCACACACACACAUGCAGCUCUUUGAUAACUAUGCCAACCGCUCUAAGCAAGCACUAACACAUUUGAGCUCCUGAAGCACACUAGCACUUACCGUGAAUUCAGAAUAAAAGGUUAGCUAACGCUUUGAUCCUCACUGAACACAGCACAUGCUAUCACACAAUUGCUGUGGCGCACGUCAUUGCUUUGCACGUACGAGUUGUCGGGGUUGGGGGCAUCAAGUACAUCUUUUAUUCCCUUUCACGUGUCUUUAAAAUUCGUCUCUCCUCAUGUUUGAUAGUAGCUGCCUACUGUGAAAUAAUACAUUAUGUUUAAGCUAAUGAAACUCUCAGCGGUCUAUCAGUCUUCAUUAAGAUUAUGUUUUCCUUACUGCACAGACAGAUCAGCCCGUUACUCUCACCUGAACUGUCUCACUUUACGCUAAGUCCAUAAAAGCAAUUAUGAUGCUGUAAUGAGAGCCUUAUGCACAGAAAACACGAUAAAAAAAGUGUUUAUUAGCCUCAUUAGCUAGUUUUGUGUCCAAAUGCAACUACCCUUCUUUUCUGUAAGAGUAAUUUGAUGUUUUAUGAGUUAUCUUGUUAAUGCUGGUGAUAUUAAUCAAUAAUCAUAUCUGUUUAAUGCUAUCAAUGCUAGUUACAUCUCCACAUAUUAUCACCCAAUGCAGCCAUUACUUUUUUUUUGUUAGUUUGUAAUUCUGUCUUUAGCAAAAACAGACAAGUUAGGGACCCUGUAUAGUGAACAGGUGGUAAUGCAAAUUAGAAUCAGGAUAGAUAGAUUGAUAGAAUUUUAACUUUAUUGUCUGUUCUGAAGAAAAACAGAAGUUCACCUUUGACACUGCCUUUUCACAUAUUAAAAACAACCUUACAGAACACAGUGCAGCAUGUUUUGUGCAGGAUGGGGUGAGCACGAUGGUUUAAACUGAUAAAAUAUGAUGUAUGUGACGAUCUGAUAAUUCCUGAUACUAAUUAUUUUGCUUGAUAACUUCAUUUUUUUUAGCAAUACCCAAUCAGAAUCAAGCGUGUAACACAAUUGCAUAUCAACUUAAAGACCCACUUCGAUGAAAAUCACAUUUUUGUUUGUUGUCCAUAUGUUCAUAUGGCAUUUUUCUGGUGCUAGAGCAAAAAAGAGAUUUUCAACGUCACAACUUCAAGCUCCGGCCCGGAAGCCAUGCUCUGCAGGCCAGACUUGGAAAAGUAGGAAGGACGAUCACAGAACAAGUGUGUACCAAGAUUGCAAUACUUGUAAGAGAGCUAGAUAUGAUAUUAGCUUUCAUGAUGCCCCCAAAGACAUUAGUGUCCAAGGGCUGGAUAGCUCCUAUGUUACCUGCUACUUCUACUACAUGGCAAUGUUAGGCUACAAGCUAGCUCUGCAGAAUAAAAGCCCUUAAAAAUGACACAGGUAACUUGAUUUGGGCUAAAAACUUCAUGAUCGCAAUUUAAAGACCACUGAGAACACUUUGAGUAGUGAAAAAAAAAAAUGAUCUGAGUGGGACUUAAAGUUUGAUCAGUCCUGAGGAGCCACUCCAUUUUGUAAAGCCAUGCUAGUCUGUAAGUGCAGCACAUUGAGCCUUGCACUUCUGAAAACCCUGACAAAAAUUUCUCUGGGCACUUUUCAGUUAGAGCAAGGACACCUGUGGUACGUCGAGUUCAGUGUAAUACAGAUGAUGGCAUGCCAUUUUUCAAAGCCAACACUUACCUGUUUGCAUUCAGUGAACUACCAUUUGAAUCUAGCUAUACCACCAUUCAUUUUGCUGAUUAUAGUUUGAAAUGGUUCAGGAUUUUCCACAACACCCACCACCAUCUUGGUUCUUUAUGAAAAUGACUUAACAGUGUUACUCUGUCAGUCACCGUAUUGAAUUUGUGCCACAUUAGAUAACAGCAGUUACUGACUGAACCUGAUUCAGGUGUAUCUGUCUGAACAGCACAAGAUCAGGGCUAAUAAAACCUGAACCUGCAGAUUUGUGCGGUUCCCUGACCAUCUUUUACCCUGUAUCAAAAAAUCCAAUCUUGGUGUGUGAUGACUGUGGAAACCUAGAUGAAACUAUUUUUCAUGUUGAGUAAAAUAAAAACUGAGUGGGCGGUUUAAAGCAACCGAAUGUGAGGGUAACUGUGAUUUGGUGAAGAAAGCUGGUGUGACAGAGAGGUAGAGUGGAUCCUCUACAAAUCAGAAGAUCUGGGCUCUGAUCUCCUGAUCCAUAUCAAGAACUGCAGUACUGUAAAACAAGACACUGAACCUCAAACAGCCACUGAGGCAUUACCGAUGGUGUUUGGAUGGCUUAUACAAGACUUUGAUGGGCAGAUUGCAACUUUGCAUGGCUGCCUCUGCUGUCUGUGUUUGCCUCGAGGCUUUGUUAAGUCCAGACUGCACAAGUGUGUACUGUGUCUUUGUGUACUCUGCAUUGAAUUCAUAAGCUCUGGAUAGCCUUACCUGCCUACUAAGCUCCAUUGACCACAAGAAAACUCCAACAAAUUAAAUAAAAUAUCUGAAGUAGUUAAUUUAAAAGAGACCGCGGUUAAUAUAACCUUUUAUCAGUUUGUAGACACAUAGGGUCUAAACAUUUCAUCGUAUGUUUCACUUGGUAUUAAAUUGCUCAUAUCAUAUCCUGUGGGUCAGGAUGAAUUCUUAAAUUUUUUUUCAGUAUUUUCAUUUUUAGUCCUGUUUUCUGUCAUUCGUGGAAAAAAAAACCUGCAGAUUUGAUGGUACAAAGUUGACAGACUGAAAACAGUCAGGUCCCACUGUUUCCGCUGUGCUACUAUGCAGGGGUGUGUCUAGACUUUUUGUAUGAGGUUGGCACAACCAGGGAACUGACAUAGAUAGACUGUGCAGUAGGGGUGUCCCACACAGCCAACAUCACUCCUACUUCUUGCUACUUUGCUAGUACCUUGGUACACACUGUUGUUGUGAUUACGUAGUCUCUGCAUGCUACACCCAGAUAAAGGUGCAGGGGCAGAGUCAGGAAUGGACUGCUUGUAUCAGAAUGCUGGUAUUGGAGAUUUUAGAUGCAGGCCAAUAAAAUCUGAUGUACAUUUUUUUGCUGAUAUCGGACCGAUAUCUGAUAGGGGUGGAAAUUACUAGUGGCCCCAUGAUACGAUAUUAUCACAAUACUUGGACCAUAUUUUGAUAUUAUUGCGAUUUUAA